UCGUUGGUUUUGAUGUUUGUUUUAGUUUUAUUUCCUUCUCUGAAAUGGCAGCAGCAGCUGUGUCUACCGGUCAGGUCUCAGAAGACCAGAUCAUCUGUCCGAUUUGUUUGGCUGUUUUCACCGACCCCGCCUCCACUCCUUGUGGGCACAGCUUCUGCUCAAAGUGUGUUGGACAAUACUGGGAUCAGAGUGAUACUAUUAAAUGUCCACUGUGUAAGAAAAGGUAUUACAGGAAGCCUGAUCUCAGCAUUAACAGGGUCUUGGCUGAAAUUGCAGAGAACUUCCGAAAGCAGAAGGAGAGGUGUACUGUAGAAACGGAGCCUGGAGAUGUGCCAUGUGAUUUGUGUAUUGGGAGGAAAUUCAAAGCUGUCAAAUCCUGUUUGACGUGCCUGGCCUCUUACUGUGAAACUCACAUCAAGCCGCACCGCGAGGUUGUCACAUUAAGGAAACACAGACUGGUCGAUGCAACUGAGAAUCUGGAGGAGAAACUCUGCCAGCAACACCAAAGGGCUUUGGAAGUGUUCUGCCGGACCGAUCAGAGUUAUAUCUGCUGGCUGUGUACUGAAGAGAGACACCGGGGUCAUGAUACAGUCUCAGCUGAGAAGGAGAGAGCUGACAAACAGAAGCAGCUGGAAGAAUUACAGACAGAAAUUCAAAAGCAAAUCCAGAAGAGAGCGGAGAAGUUGAAAGAGGCUUUGGAGGCCAUGAAUAGUUCUGAACAGAGAGACAUGGAGGCAAACCAACAGAUCAAAGCUGAGCUGAUCCAAUCCAUUGAGACUUUCUGGGCUGAGGUGACAAAGGAGGUUGAUGCCAAAAACCAAGCAGCAGUGAAUCGGGUUGAAGGACUCAAGAUGAAACUGCAGCAGGAGAUUGCUGAGCUGAGGAGGAGAAACGCUGAGCUGAAACAGCUUUCAGAGACAGAAGAUCACACCCAUUUUAUACAGGGCAUUCAAUCACUCUCCCCGGAUUGUAGAGACCUAUCCAGCUUGACUGUCAAUACAGAGACACCUGCCACUGUUGCCAACAAUGCGCUGUCUAGGAUUAAAGAGCUCAUUGGGGAAAUCUGUGAGGGAGAACUGGAGAACAUUGUCAAAGCAGUGAAUGAAGCAGAAGUGUGCACUCUGGUACCUGGCAACAGGGGGCGGCACUCAGAAGUGACCUAA